AUGUGUCUGGCUCAACUGCGGUUUUCCCUGGAGGCCGAGCCUAUCGCUAUUAACUACACAGCCUUUGACCACAAUGGCCACCCGCUGCGCAUGGGGGCUGCGUGGGACGGCGUGUCUCCUCGGUACAUCGUGUCUCCUCGGGCGGCGACCGUCUACUGCAUGAACGAGGCGGAGCUGGUGGACGUGGCCCUGGGGGCGCUGGCCGAGAAGUUGCAACAUGAGGAAGCGGAGGAGAAGGCCUGGCCUGGAAGCGAAGAGCAGGAGAUCCCGCCGACACGGAGCAAUCCUGCGGGCAGCGCAGCCGGCACGGAGCAGGGCAGCGACCACAGUCCGGGUCUGCCGUCCCCUCCGGACGCCUGUGCAGAGAGGACAGGCUGGGAGGACUCGGAGGACGAUGUUCUGAAGUAUGUUAGGGAGAUCUUCUUCAGCUAAUGCCUCUCAUCGCCAUGUCUGCAGGCGGCUGGGGCAGCGUGGGUGAGGCCUUGGGGUGGCUGUGCAUUGGCCAUGGCUGGUGGCCUCUCACCGCAGGGCUGGGAGGAGGCCCGUGCUGGCCAGGGGGAAGGGGAGCUCUCUCCUCACAGCGUGCGCUGGGACCAGCAGGGUUUGGCUCCACGGAAGGGCACGCUCAUUUGUCUGUCACCUCAGAGCACAGCCAGAUUAAAGAGGAUUAAAGAGGC